ACUGCACUAGUAAUUCUCUCUCCAGAGCGGCUGCAAAUGUAAUCUGGAGCAAUAAAUAAAAAAUAACCUACUCUGGGUAUUGUGAAAGGAAACAAGCAGAGGCUACAAGGAACUAUUUUACCAUGUUAUAAAAAUAAAUAGGAGGGUGGAGUUACAGAAUGACAGAGAAAACCACAACGGAUAAAUCAACCUGGAAAAAUAUUGAGUUUCUUUUAAAGCAUUGACGGCUGGAGGAGUGAGAAGUGUGUCUGGUAUCCCAAUGAUGGAGACAUAGCAGGAGGAGGAAUGAAAAGUAUCCAGAAAAAAAGUGGAAGGCAGAGACUUUCAGGAUUUCUCUUGCAUAUUAAAGCAGCAAGACUGAAUGCACCGUGAGGUAUGGAUUUAAAUAAGUAGAAAUUCCAGGCUUCAGACAAACUUGUUUGCGAAAUACUUAGCACCAUGGCAUAAGGGUGGUGCCUUAGUCUAUCAGUGAUAUACCAUAAAAGCAAUAGACAGCUGAGGUUAAAUCGGUUCAUCCUUUAGUGGAAUUGAAGAAAAGCAUUUUGGAAGAAUAUACAUUUACGUACUUUUUUUUCAAAUCUGAACAAAUUGGAUUGAUGUGGAUUGAACAAUUUUGGAAUUUAAAUACCAACGCAAUAGAAGAGUCUCAUCUUUGACUGCAGAAUGACACGUACUAUCAUGUACCUGGGCAAUGCUUUAUGUGAUGAUUACUGGUAUUUCUGAUUUACUGGCUGGUUUCUAGAAAAACUGAAAUAUCCAGAUAAGUUGCUUUUAUUUUUUUAUAAUUUUUUUUUAAUAUGGCUUCUUUUUAGAAUACUUUUUCUUUUGCGAAUAAGCACAAUAGAUUGCUUUAUUUUUUGAGAUUUUUUCCCCACAUUAUUUUCAAGGUUAAACUGAUUAUUCCAAAAUGUGUGCCAAUAUUGUAUACGAGUGGCUUAAAACUUUACAGCUUUCUCAGUACACAGAAUCUUUUGUGGAUAAUGGUUAUGAUGAUUUGGAGGUUUGCAAGCAGAUUGGUGACCCUGAUUUGGAUGCGAUUGGGGUAAUGAUACCUCAGCACCGCAAAAAGAUACACGAUGCUGUCCACAGACUAAGGGAAGAGGAGAAAGAAGCUGCAAAUGGAUUAUAUUUUACAUUGGAGCCACAGGUAGCCUCCCCUACGCCUGACAUCUACACCAGCCAUUUGGUGGAGCAGUAUGAAACCAAAGCCUGGAAAGAGGCUCAGGGACACAAACCGGUGCAGAGGAGUAACAAGACCGGACACCUUAGCAAAAACCUGGUUACUUAUCCAAAACUGAAAUUAAAGAUCAUGAUAAGGGAUAAACUAAUCCGGGAUGGAGUCAACCUCAGCAAGCCACCUUUCUCCAAAAAGCAGUUUUAAAGAAUACAUGGUUCCCUGGCAAGAAGUUCAACAUACAGAAUUUCUGAUUUGAUGAGAGAGAGGCUGGUGUGAUGAAACAGAAAAUCAAGAUCCAAGAUCCAUUUACUGUGAUGAUUGUCAUUUUAAAGUUGAGGAGAAGAAGAUAUGGCAUGUAUCUAAAUUUGGUAUAAUCACACAAUUAACUAGGUUGCUGGCCUUGCAGCAGUCUGAUAAACCAGUACUCUGCAAGAAGAACUUGAACACUUGCGGUUUUAAUAUAUUUACAUGUAAGACCACAUUCUGAUAUUCUGUUUUCGUAAGGUCUGUUACUUAGAACAGGCUAAUAACCUGAAAUUCAACUUUGGUUUUUAACUAUGGUCCCAAUGAUGGUGGGCAAGCCUCUAUGCUUGUUGAGCAUCAUGGGAAAUGUUUCUCACAUACAAUUGGGCUGUCAAACUUAGGUCUCAUUGACCUGGAACUUUUCAGUAUUAAUGUAUUUUGCUUAUUUCUGCUUACCUGCAAAUACAACUUAACUAAUACAUUAGACAUACAUAUUGUCAACAUGACUGUGCUGAAUAGACCAACUAUGGAAUACAGAAAGUGUUUUAUUUGUAAUGUUUG